ACUUUUAAUAUUCCAGCGGGGAGCAACCGCGGCUCAUUGUACUGCAGGCAACACAUAGGACGAGUGCUUUCUUGCAUUUCUUUGUGUUACAGUGUAGAAGCAGUGUGAUUUUACUGCAGGGGGACGGGAGAGAAAACCGGUCGGAGGAGGUGAACGGGUUCAGGCCUUGGUUGGAGGAGCUGGUGUGACGUAGCAGUCCCCCACACACCCACACACAUACAUACAUACACCGGCUGCUGCUGCGCCUGCCAGGAUCUCAAUGUGGGGAAAUGACCGCAAGUGACCUCAAAGGAAACACUGUAUUUUAGCGCCGCUCGCAUUUUUAUUUCACACUACAUUAAAGCAAGAAUGUAUGUUAAAUUUUAGCUUGAUAUUUUACGGUAAAAACCACGUUAGAUCACAAGGAAAGAGUGAGGUCUAACGUUAGCUGAUCGCUCGGCUGUCUCAGUAGCUUGCAAGCGGCUAACGUUAGCUAGCUAGGCUAAGGCACUCCGGUUUGUCAUUGCUAGCGGCCGGGCUUGUACAGUUCGUUUCCUCGCAGAUGCUAAGCUAGGCUAGGCUAGGCUAGCUGCUGCCAUGGAUAAAGCAAAGUCAAUGAUGGACAAGAAAGGAGCGUCGGGACCCUUUCAUGUCAACAACGGGCAGAGCCAGAGGGGGUUUCACGGCCACGUCGUUGUGGCUGCUAACGGCAGCUGCUGCAGCGGCAAUAAUGCAUUCGGUUCGAGCACUGGACCCAACAGCAGCAGCACGUUUGAGAACAUGCAUCAUUUGCACCGCGGCGAGGAUGCAGAGUGCAACGGGUCCCCGGCCAAGAGGUGCAGGCUGCGGAGGAGGACGGAGUCCGUGAGACGGAACAGACCCCCCUUCCCCUGGUUUGGUAUGGACAUCGGGGGCACCUUGGUGAAGCUUGUGUAUUUUGAGCCGGUAGAUAUAACUGCAGAGGAAGAACAGGAAGAAGUGGAAAACCUCAAGUCCAUCCGCCGCUACCUCACCUCAAAUGUGGCCUAUGGUAAAACUGGCGUCCGUGACGUCCACCUGGAGCUGAGGAACCUGACCAUGUGCGGCAGGACGGGGAACCUGCACUUCAUCCGAUUCCCAACACAGGCCAUGCCCCGUUUUAUCCAAAUGGGACGCGACAAGAACUUCUCCAGCCUGCACACGACACUCUGCGCCACCGGAGGUGGGGCAUACAAGUUCGAGAAUGACUUCCGAACGAUGGCCGACCUGGAGCUGCUGAAACUGGAUGAGCUGGACUGCCUGAUCCAUGGCCUCCUGUUCGUUGACCGGGUGGGCUUCAACGGACACCCAGAGUGCUACUACUUCCAGAACCCGUCAGACACCCAGAGCUGUGUGAAGAAACCCUGCACCCUGGACAACCCCUUCCCCAUGCUGCUGGUCAACAUCGGCUCCGGGGUCUCCAUACUGGCCGUGUAUUCAGAGACCAACUACAAACGGGUGACUGGGACCAGUCUGGGAGGUGGUACAUUCCUUGGCCUUUGCUGUCUGCUGACCGGCUGCGAGACGUUCGAGGAGGCGUUGGAAAUGGCCAGCAAGGGUGACUCUACCAACGUGGACAAACUGGUGAAAGAUAUCUACGGGGGAGACUAUGAGCGCUUUGGCCUGCAGGGCUCCGCUGUCGCGUCCAGUUUUGGUCACAUGAUGAGCAAAGACAAGAGAGACAGCAUCAGUAAGGAAGACCUUGCCAGAGCCACGCUGGUCACUAUCACUAACAACAUAGGAUCCAUAGCACGGAUGUGUGCUGUCAAUGAGAAAAUCGAGCGUGUGGUGUUUGUGGGGAACUUCCUUCGUAUCAACACAGUCUCCACAAAAUUGCUGGCCUAUGCCAUGGACUUCUGGUCUAAAGGACAACUUCGAGCCCUCUUCCUGGAACAUGAGGGUUAUUUCGGAGCUGUGGGGGCGCUGAUGGAGCUUCUCAAGACAACAGAAGACCCGUGAAGGAUAUUGUGUUGACAUCAUCAACACUCGACAAGACGAUGUCAUCCACCCCCCGGACGCUACGACGUCAUCAACUCUCGUUGCUGUGACGUCAUCAACCUCUGACGCUGCUGAAAGGUCCCGUUCACAGAGGCCGCUAAAGGAACACUAAGAGAGAGACACAGAAACUGAGAAAAGCCAUUUUAAUAAUUUAACACUUGUAAAUAAUGAUAACCUCUAACAUCCAUCUCCUAAAUUUCCCAGACAGAGUCCCCCUAUCAUAGAGGUUUUAAUAUUGUAAUCUUUAAUUUAUGGUUUCCUGUAAUCAGCUCUGUUGAUUCCUGUCAUCAGCCCUGUGUGAGGAAGCACAGAGACGGAGUAUUUUAGUGUUUUUUGUUACUGUGUGUGUGAAUAGCUACUGUAGCAUUACAUCCUGGAGGCUGUGGUGCCCCAGGUGACUAUUUGUGCAACAGGUCAUUAAGAUACAAUAUCUAUACAGGAUUGAAGUUACUCUUGAAUGAGUAAUUGGGCAUUUUUACCACUAGGAACUCCUUUUCUGCGACCUCAGAAACAUUUGACCAUCAAUGCCUCCUGCCCUCAUCUGUCAGAGUGCAGACGGACAGCUGUACCUGAAUGUUUCAGUAACGUUAUCCUCCGCUUGUUGCUGAUGCUGUAAAACUACCAAGACUGCAGCUAGUGGUCCAUAUUGCAGCUGUGGCAGUCGCUAAGGGAUGGGAGGCAUUUUGUUGUCGCCCGACUGUUGCACAAAAAGUUGCCCAGCACGCUACAGCCCUCUGAGGAGUGCACUGAAGCCAAAUCUUGUUGAGAUUCAUACGACACCUGCCUCCUUCAGCUCAGAUGGGAAGCAGAAAAACAGUCUUUAAUUCUUUCUGUUGCUCCACUGCACAUGGCCUUUGCUUUUUGUUCAUCUCCAUCUACCUUCAUGCAAACAACAUUAACAUCACCAUAUUGCCACACAUGAAUCCUGCUCCUAACCUGCUGAGUUUAGUGUUUGACAACGGGACCAAGACAUUGUCUUCCAACAGAUAGUGCUACAGCUGUGUCUGCAUUGUCGAUUUCUGUUGACUGGCAUCACCACAACUACAGUCCAGGACCCAGUCCAGCUCAGCAGCCUGUGUGUGUGUGUGUGUGUGUGUGUGUGUGUGUGUGUGUGUGUGUGUGUGUGUGUGUGUGUGUGUGUCUUUUCAGCAGGGCGGAGGCCUGAUUCCUCACCCUCUAGCAUCUCUGCCACCCUGCUGCCUUCACUGGGUGUUGCAUUGUGAUGUAAUGAGGCAUUCAGGCUGAGCUAAUGCAAUGCUAAUGUUUCACGUGAAUCCUGGCACAGAAAAAGCUUCAGCACCCCCGCUCUUGAUGCAGAGGCAAGAGAAUGAUAUCACCUUCUGGUAGACAAUGGGGACCAAGAUGCUUUAAGCUCAGAGUCGCCCCUCGUGUAAAAUACACUGAUGCCAAUUUGCCAGCAACUCAAUCAGUUUAACUACUGUAGAUUAGACUGUGUUUUUACUGUCUAACAGUGCAGAUAUUGUGCAUGGCAGGUGGUGAUUUGCUCUCAAGGUGCUGCUGGGUAGCUGAAAAAGACUCUAAUCCUAUACUUGCAGAAAGAUACAUUGUAGCAGUUGGCCAAAAUCACUUUUUCAUCAUUCUUAUAUAUUUUCCCAUGCUUUAUGCUUAAUUUCACCCAGUCCAUGAAACCUGGGGUAGGGCACAUGCCCAGGUCCAGAAUGACUAACCUUGUAUCUCACGGACAAUUGGCAAAAUUGAUCAGAAUUAACCACAGUGAUGCAAACAAAGCUGUGGCACAAGCAAGACUUUAAAACUCCCAUGUGCACAGCCUUGUGUGUGGAAAGUGCCCGUUUGUCCUGAUCUGAGUCCAUAUUCACACUGGAACAUGCACCUUAGUAGAGAUUUUAAGUUUUAAAUUGUGUUUUUACUGAAUACUUGAAAAUGCUAGUGUGCAUCUGCUAGUGUGGAUCUUUCAAGUUUUAGUGAAGCCAUGACCUGGUUGGGAAACCCUCUUGCUUACCUGAGUUGCCUCUAAUGAUAUUUCUGAAAGAAAGAGAAGAAAGAGGAAUCUUACCUGAUCUGCAUUAAUUUGGUUACAGGCACACAUCAUACUAUAGGCAAGGUUUGCUAUAUGCAUUACAAUGACAGCUGUUAAUCAGUGAGCUUUCCAGUCACCAACUUCUUUUUAUAGAAUUGUUAGAUUAUAGCUGAAACAUGAGUGAAACAUGGACCACAAGUGUAUAGUCUCCUGUCAUGUCAUGAUAAUGCCCACUCCCCCUCCACCACCCUGGACCUUUACAGCCUCUUCUGGUUAUUGUCAAAGUAGCUGAACUGAACAGCUGGACAGUGCACUCUCUGCUGUCCACUGCUUUAUUUAUUUAUUACCACUGUCUACAUGCCUUUAGUCUUCACACAGAGAAACUGUGCUCUUCUCCCUUUUUGGAAUCACUCUUUGUGCAAUUCACCAUCGUCUCUCAGUUUCUGUACUCUUGAUUUGGAGUACAGUUUAUUUUGUUCUCUUGAUUUAUUAGACGAUUUAUUGUGUAAUACCUCCAAACCAUCACUACCAACACUUUUGGGUCAGUUAGUUUUCUUUGUUUCUGAGCCUGACAUACAACUCUGGGGAUUUUAUUAACAGGACCUUGUGAUUUAUUAGUGUCGCCUACAGUAUCAUGAUAAAGAUAAAAUCCUAACUAGCAAGCUGAACGUUAUGCAGGUAUUCUGAAAGUGUUAUUGGCAAAAAUGGAUCGUUUGCAGUUAUCUCCACGCUACUGUCAAACACGCACACAUGGACUACACUUUGACCCCGACUAAUAACAUGUUUGCUGCUAUGCAGUUCUGAUUUGUUUUUAGUUAUUUCUGUUAUUUCAAGCUGAUGCUUUUACCCACAACAACUCACAACACACUAACAUUUAAAAUUGAAUAUGCACCAUUUGGAGAAAUUCUAUUUGCAAAUUAUAGAUUGAGCAUAAUUAAAGUAUAUUAGGGUCCUUUGUAAUGAAUAGGUCAUUACUCAUCAGGUAACAGGAUAAUUGCAUUUAACAGGGUGGACUCUCUGUAGUUCAUACAUACUAAAAGUAAAAAAAAAUGUUUACUGUUGGGACAUUGGCUGUAGUGGCUUUAAUAAUCCAAAUGCAGUGAAACUGUUGUGAAAUACCAUUUGAGUAGUUAUAUUUUGGAGGUUUUGCAACCAACAUUUAAUCAUCAACGUGUUCCAUCCUGCUUGUUUUCAGCUGUGAUGACGCUGUAGAUGUUCUUUCUGGGUGCUUUCUGGUCUGUUUGUUUUGUUCCUUUUUUUUCUCUCUCUCACUCUCUAAUUUGCCUUGCUCCAACUCAUGUUUGGAUGAUGUUAGUGGCCUUGACCUAUCAAGUGCCACUCAGCUUUAUCCACCUGGUGUUACUGUUAUUUCGUGCCACCCUUUCUUUUAUUUUGAAAACCCAAAUCUGUUGCCUUCAUCCUUCGUUCUCCUAUUUACACCAUGCUCGUGCCCUUCAGUUUUCCUGUGUGACUUCAUUUCCAUUUCUUACCUGCUGAACUUCACCUCAGUGUUUUUGUAAUGUUGUGCAUGCAGAUACAUUUUUUAUGUCAGAUUUCACUCUUCCUUUCUGUGUUUGUUAAGGUUUUCUUGGGGAUUUUAUUUUUGUUUGUUUUGUACUGUAACAGAAGAUUCACUGCAGUUAACACACAUUCACAAUUCACCUGCUAGUCCUAAAUGUGUCUUAGAUAAAAAAAAAAAAAACCGUUAACUUCUACUGACACUGCAAAUGCUUUUGUUCUAAAAUGUGCAAUUUUUAGAGAGUCACAAGAUUCUUUAGCUAUCCCAGAUCAUUACUAAUAAGAACUGAAAUUGUACAUGUUUUCCAACUUUUCAUUGUUUUUUAGCAACAGUUUGGUUUGAGAACAUUUUUGAAAGGGCAUGUCCUUUUACGAAAAAAAGAAAGGAUUCUUUUUUUUUUUCCUGCUAGUAAUAAGUAAUAAUGUGAGUUGAUGUGUUUUUCCCCCACACAAUUUGAAAAUACUGUUGUACUGAAUUUCUUUUUGGUUGGCACAAAAGAACCAGUGUGAUUGCUCGGAGACAUGUAAAUCCCUGCUAUCAUGCUCUUUCAGGCUGCAGAAACGUUUUCAGACGUGUUGUGAUUUGCAGCACUUAUCAUAGUGAUCAGUCUCACUGCGAGUUGUACCUUUUUAAACAUGUAUCAUCACUGUCUUGUAGAACCGUUUGUCAUGUUCAAGCAUUUAUUUAUGGAACAUUUUACCGUCUGCUGUUCAUUGUUUGGCUCAGUCCUGGUGUCAGUGCUGUCUUUUACUGGUGAUGAUACACGGUCUCUACAGACUACAGAUGAUGCGUGUUUUAAAGUUAUUAGUUUUAAGGUGUACCUGUAUAUUCCGAGUGAUGGAAUAUUUACCAGUUACAACAUAAUUUUCAUCUUCAACUAAUCUAAAACUGUUCCGAGCCAGUGUUACAGACUGUCAUGGGAAUAGCAUUAGUUCAAAUACUUGUAGUAUUUUUUGGGCCUACAGGAAUCAUUGUACUGAUGUACCACUGCAGCUUCUGUGUUUUUGACUCCAAAAAACAAAUUAAUUACUAUUUUAUGAAAUCUAAAUUCUUAACAUAAACUGUAUUAAUGUUCAUUCAAAGCAGUAUCACAUCUUUCACCGAUAGCUGAUAUUUUCCUAAACAAUUUAAAGUGUUUCAGAUAUUUUCUGUAACUACGCCACAGAUGCAGUAUGCAGCAAAAAUUCAGUCGUUUAAGCAAAUUGGCUUUUAAGAGGUUUUUCUGUUAAGAGUCAACAAUGUGGAUGUUUUUGUCUGCUUUGAUAACUUUCUGAAGUGUGAUUGUAAGAAUUUGGGGUUUGAACUUCAGUAACACUUUGUCUGGGGUUCAUUUCCCAAUGGGACCAUCUGUACUCAGAUCAGUAUGUAUUUCUCUGUACUGUAAGGAGCUUUGGCUUAAAGCAUCCACCGAACGGCAAAUGUUAUGUCAUCCAUAGCGAAAUCUAACCAAAAGGCUAUGCAGCAACACAUCCAUCGAUCUCUUUGUCCCUUUCAACAAACCCACCUCUUCUCUGAUCCUACCACAGUUGAUUGGACUUGUCUGUAAAUGUUUUAAAUAAUAUAUGCAACCCUGUUAGUUUUCCCCUGUGAGAAAUCCUGAAUCUUGACAAAGUUUCUGUCCUGCUGAUUUAGUUGUUAACACUAUUUGAGGUGGAUGCUUGCAACAGGAUGUUGUAUACUGAAUUAUGCACCAAAAUGAGUGUGCCACGUAUGUUUUUUCACACUGUACUGGCACUGUAAGGUCAUUGUGGCAUAUGGAAGCUAUUUUAAAAACAUACCUACACUUGUUUUUGAGUGGUUCUGUACCUUGUUGGAUGAAUGACCCUAGCUGAAUUUGUUUAAACUUAAGUCUCAAGGUACAUCAGUGUGUAAAAGUUGUCCAAAUUGGCUGGAGGUUAUCGUCUAACAGUGUUACUAGAACUGUAAACACUUUAUUGACCUUUUGCUGGUCUAACAUUUUUCACCCCACUUAGCUGAACUUUCCUCAGAUGUUCUUAGUCUGGUCAAACAUCCUGUUGCAUGAAUACAUCCAGCCUUUAAACUAUCUUCUGGAAUGCUUGACUGGCAGGACAGACCUUUUCACCCUUGUGUAUUUGAUUGUACAGAGAUUUUGUAAAUAAUAUUAAUAUGAUAUAUUCUACACCAGCAAUCUGUCUGUUGAUAAAGUUGUUUCAACUGUUCAGGGCCAGGUUUCCCAAACAAGACUCGGCACUCCAUUUUACCAGUCCCAAAGCAGACAGAAGAUGCAUCGUAACACACCACUUUCCUCUGCAGCUUUAUCAACUUUACCAGACCUGUGUUAUAUAGUAGUAGGACAUACUUCUAGCAAUCUGUUAAUCUGCUUGUGGUAUAUGAUUGAUGAAAUUUUCCUCAUUAGGACUAAUUACAUUUCUUCAUGUUUUUGUGAUUGUCUAAACUUAGCAUUUACUGUAUAUUCUCCAUGAAAUCCAUCAAUCUGACAAUAUGUUUUUACAUUAUUGUCACUUUUAAUAUAAUUUCCAUUAUUCCAUUUGGGUCCAAUUGACUUUAGAAAAAAACAAAAAAAAAAAACUAAAUGGUGAUUGAGAACUAAAAGUAAUUUUUAAGGUGGAAUGUGGUACGCUGAAUUACAUGUUCUUUGAAGUGUUUAACUCACUUUGAUACUUUUGGUGCCCACAGUCUGGAUGCCUGUUUUCUGUCUGCUGAAUUUCAUUGCCGGUUGUUCACCUCAGCUCCUCUGUGAUCUGGAUCUGGGUGUGAAAGUUUUGGGAAGCCCAGUGCUGGUUGUUGGUGUCAGUUCUGCUGCUGCUUUUAACUCCGGUUUGAAAAAGGAAAGGGUUAAAAAGAAAAAAAAAAAAGACAAUUUUAAAAAAAGGCUCCCUGCCUUGUGCAAUGUGUAUGUACUGAAGUGAAGAGAUUUUUUUUUUAAAAGGAAUUAAACUAAAACUGGAUUAGA